AGGAGAAGGCCGUCCAGUCACACCGAACAGGAGAGACAGAGAGAUCUGAGGCUGAGCUGGGGGUUCAACCACCAUGCCCAGCCGUGCUUGCGUCGCCGGCGCCGCCUCGGUUGGAAUUGUCGCCGUCAGAAAAAGGUCCAGGCCGCCGCUAAUGGAGCUAGCCAGAACUGUUCCAAGGUUUUGCCGCUUAUUUAAAUCCUGCUCUGUUUUGGUUAGUGGCGUUAUCAUUGUUCUGGCCGCCGGAAAACCUUGCUGCCGUCGCCGGAAAAGAAUGCUGGUAAGGGUUUCAAAUUUGGUUUUCAUUUCUUGUGAGAUUAUGGGAGUCUUAUUGUCGCGGCAUGUUGGUUUCAGUCACCGUCGCCGGAGUUGGGUCGCUGCAGCCGCUGAAGGCGGCUACCGGGGCUACCGCCCAACCGGUUUAGAGUCCGUUGCUGUUCGGUUCAGCCGUUCUUUCUUAGUUUCAGAGCUAGAAUCCGGUUUGCUUGUGCCGUUUGGGGCUGUUUCUGCUUUUGAGAGAGCCUGA